AUGCAGUACACAAAGCUCUUCGCCCUCGCGGCCGUCUUCAUCUCCGGCACCCUCGCUGCACCCCUGGAAGUCGAGGCCCGCGCCUGCGCCUCCACUUGCGGCUCCCACUGCUACAGCAGCAGUGCCAUCUCCGCCGCCCGAACUGCCGGAUACAAGCUCUACUCGGCGGGCAGCACUGCCAACGACUACCCUCACGUCUACCAUGACUAUGAGGGCUUCACUUUCCCUGUCUCCGGAACAUACUACGAGUUCCCCAUUCUGAGCAGUGGAAGCGUUUACACUGGUGGCUCGCCUGGUGCUGACCGUGUUAUCUUCAACACCAACGAUCAGCUUGCUGGUGUCAUCACCCACACUGGAGCCAGUGGAAACAACUUUGUUGCCUGUACUUAG